CUCUGCAAAAAAGCUAUAGGGUUCUGUUACGGGCAUUGUCAAGUGAUCUUCAGGCACCGAGCAAAGCAGGGGUGAAGGCGAACAUCGUUAACAGUUUCCACGUCAAGCACCAUGAAGUCGUUUGUCUGGAUGGUGGCGGUCAUUGCUGCCGUAAGCGCGCACCACGACUUCCCGGUGAUGCCGUGGACGGGCAGCCAACUGACCAACGCACUCGAAAGUGGUCACGUGUGCGAGACCAUCGGCUCCGAUGCCCCCGUCAACGACAGCCGUCGAGUGACGUCGGACCAGUGGCACGACGAUGCGUGGUGGAGCUGGGUCGAGCUUUACAGGGGCCGCUUCACCUGUUCGGACAAGAGCAUCCGGAAGGACGGCGACUGUCUUUUCACUCUGCGCGAAAAGAGCCACGCAGUCUGCUUCCUGUUCUUCUCAAAGAUUCGCUUGCGUUACAGCUUGCGCGUAGCGGUCAGGAACCCGAGGCAUGGUGACGAACCCCUGGCUCUCGUCGAAGCGGGAAAUGUGACCGCUUCAGUUAAGAGCGCCGAGGCCAGUCUGCGAGUGAAAAAAGAUUCCGAUGGCCGCUUCCACAUCGUGGCGCUAGACCUUGGUCAUGUCAAGAUCAAGAAACUGGUCUUCAGAAACUCGACAAUCCGCUGGAAUGGAAAGAAGACGCACACCAGGGAUCCGCUGUUCCGAGACCCAGUUCGACAUGCCCUCUCCGAUCUCGCCCACUCCAUCAUCAGCGGCCCUUUACUCGACCGCUUGAAGAAAGCAUUCGACGAGGCUAAGAAGGAGCCUUGAGAACUGUCUCGGCAGUGACAUCCAUUUUUCUGCUUCUAUCAUGAUUUUAUCGGCCGUGACGUGCUCCUAUAGCGGAUGAAUAAACUGAU